CUGCGUGAUGGGCCCCGCUCACUGCCCCGCUGCGUGAUGGGCCCCGCUCACUGCCCCUGUGAUGACCCUGGGAUUGGUCUCGUUCGGCAAGGAUGCAACCGCUGCUUGCUUGAAAUUUGCGGAGGGGCAAGAACAACAUCUGGCAAUUUUUUUACGCUUCUCUAUACUUCGGUUCUUAGUAUUCGAUCUGGGCUUAAAAUUGGUGCAUAAGAACACAAGUACCCAUAUUGAGUAAUAGCCUGUGUCCCACGCAGGCUUCCGGAACCUUCACCUUGAUGACCAGAUGACCCUGCUGCAGUGCUCCUGGCUGUUCCUUAUGUCCUUCAGCCUGGGGUGGAGGUCCUACCAGCAGUGCAAUGGCAACAUGCUCUGCUUUGCCCCUGACCUCGUCAUCAAUCAGGAACGCAUGAAGCUGCCCUACAUGAACGACCAGUGCAAGCAGAUGCUGAAGAUCUCCAACGAGUUUGUCCGGCUCCAGGUGUCCCAUGAGGAGUAUCUCUGCAUGAAGGUGCUUCUGCUGCUGAGCACCAUCCCGAAGGAAGGGCUGAAGAGCCAGGCUGUGUUUGACGAGAUCCGCAUGUCCUACAUCAAGGAACUGGGCAAGGCCAUAGUCCGGCGGCAGGAGAGCUCCAGCCAGAACUGGCAGAGGUUCUACCAGCUGACAAAGCUUCUGGACUCCAUGCAUGAGCUGGUCGGGGGACUCCUCAACUUCUGUUUCUACACCUUUGUGAACAAGUCCCUGAGCGUGGAGUUUCCAGAGAUGCUGGCCGAGAUCAUCAGCAACCAGCUGCCCAAGUUCAAAGCUGGCAGCAUGAAACCUCUGCUCUUUCACCAGAAGUGACCGCCUUACAGCGCGAUGCGAUGCCUUAAAGCCCAGCCGGGGGACGGGCCGGGACGGGACGAGGUGGUUCGGAGGGCGGGGACACUUCCCAGACCCCGGAAUAUCUAAGGGAUGUAGACCCACAACACUCCUAGUAUUGAAAUAUUUUUAGAUGUUUCACAUCACUGCCAUCUGUAUGAAUGAUCAAGCGCAGACAUUUCCAUGUUUGCAGGAAUCCACACCUAGAUGAAUCUGAUGACAGAUUUGCUGUUACCCAAAAAACCCCGAUCCGGACGGGACAGUAAGCGCCGGCUCGCGCUGAGUGGGUUUAUUGAGGAGUAGGUCCACACCAUACCAUUUUCAGUAGAAUGUGCUUUGUGAGUUCAGCAUUCCCUUCGAUCGCCUGGAAAUAUUUUGAAAGUCAGAUGACGUUGGAUUGACGAUAAAUGCAUGCAGGUUUUUAAAUGGUUUACAGAGUUUAUUGGAGGAGGGAGAAGGUGCCUUCGUUAAGCUGUGCUGUCUGUCUUCGUGGCCGAGGCUUGCGUGCCCCACCCCCUUAUCAGGCCUCAUUUCACAGCGUCAGCGUUAGCGUGUGCUUCUCCCGCAAACCCCCAAACCCCCCCCCCCCCCCUCGGGCGUUGGGGGUCAUCCCACGUUUCCAGUCCACAGGGCUCACAUGACGUCGGGAGGUGGUGCAUGCGGGACGGCAGCGGUGUCCAGACGCAGUGAUUCGUGUUGAACGCCCUCCAUGAGUCCCCACUCGCAGAGGUCACUCCUCUGCGGUCGCUGUGCUUUGUCCUCCUGCUCUCAUGUGGUGAACUGUCUCUUGUUGUACCCCCUGCCAGCUCGCCAUCCUCUGGUUGAUAACGUGUGUGUGUGUGUGUGUGUGUGUGUGUGUGUGUGUGUGCGUGUGCGUGUGCGUGCGUGCGCCCUUUUUAACGCCCUUGGUGCCAAACGUUUUUUAAGUUGUAUUUUGAACGCUUCAGCUUGCGUGUGUCUUAACAGACGUCGGUGUUAAGAGGAGGACAGGCCCGUGUACCUCACCCGUCGAUGAUUGUCGGAGAGGCUGUGCUCGUACUUUGGGGGUUUUUGUCUUGGUAACUGACCCGUCUGGGCGUGUGCCCCCACCAGCCAGAACAGUUUGCAGCAUUGCUCAGUAUCUACCUGUAUUCAAAUAUAAAUGUAUAUCUAUAAAGUAAUACUCAGUAGGUAUUUUUAUAAUGCUUUUUUUUUUUUUAUUUGAACACCAGCACAUUUAUCUUGUCAGUUUUUCUCUACCUGCCAUUUUGAUUUUUAUAUUCUUGUUAGGUUACCAUCAUCGGAGCACAGUAACUCUCAUUGACCUAUGGGUGACUAAGUGUGAAUCUGAUUACAUACUUUCUGUAGUGUAACAAAUGAUUGGCUUUAACAAAACUUUGUACUAAAAUUUGACUGAACAUUGAAUUUGAAAGAUAGCCGCACAAAACAUGUCACUAGCUCCACAGCGCUGACCUCCGCACCCCGAGAUUGUAAGUUGCCCGUAUCGAGACUUCAAACGGGCGGCGUAGCGGAGAAAAGGCCGAGAUU